GUUCCCAUGCCUUCAAAUGAAAACCUGAAGGAAAGAAAGAAAAAACACUCAACAUUUAAAAUCUUACUCGAGGACUUGCAGAUCUAAUACCAUGUAGCGGCUGUCUUGCAUAAACAGGAAAAGCAUGGUUUCAUGUUAGUAUAUCUAGAGAUAGCAAGCAAACCCUGAGCAGAUUCAGACUUUGCAGCAAAGAUGAAGAACAUCCUGCCAAAGUUCGCUCUCAAUAAAAUCAGCAUCUACGUCGCAGUGAUUGUGAUUUUUAUUCACAAUGUUGUGCUCAACCAAGAUUUGGAGUGCUCGUGCAAAGGACAAGCUCUUCACUGCAAUUUCUACAUGAUUUUACCAUCGUGUAUUAUAUUUGUUUUACAACUCUGGAUGGACCAAACAUUGCUGAAAGCCUUGAAGUAUAUGUGUGUCAAUACAAAUGACUGCAAGAAAGAACAUUGCAAACUGUUCUGCAAUUUAGUUUAUCACAUUGUCAAGGCUGUGUUUGUUGGUCUGCUGUGGGUUACCUCUGUUUUCAUCGAUGGAGACUGGUAUGUUUGCUGUCAGAAUGAUCAUUCUGAACAACAGGCACAGUUAGCCUGCAAAAACAAAAACAGCCUCACAGCUGAGGAAAAGGCGAUCAUUGCUGAACUGAAAAACCAUUCAAUGCUUAUCGGCAUGUCUCUGCUCCUUUGUACCCUGUUCCUGGCUGCCUUUAUAUCAGCAGUUGUACGGAUGACAUUCAGAAAUAUUCUGUACUAUGAAGUGAUUUUGGAUAAGGAGGAAAAUGUGCUGAAAGGCAUUUUGACAAAAAAAGCAAAAGAACAGUUGACUGACGCAGUCAAGUUGAAAAUGGAUGAACCCGAGUGGCACAAAUGUUAUGAUGUUGCUAAAGAACUGAUUGGACAUCCCACUGCACCUACACUUCCUGAAGCAGCCAAAACCCAGGAUCCAGAGGUCAGAGGAUCAGAGUCCAGACGUAUAUCCAUUUAACCGUCACCAAACUGUGGUCUGUGUAACCCUUCUCAGAGGGAUCCUCUUUCGAGGGGAAGAGAAAGGAGGAUAAUCCAGAUCCAGGAAAUGUGCAAAGAAAGCAGGAGGGGAAUAAGUGUUGACUAUCAGAAUAUUAUUAGUACUAUUAGUGGCCUGAAUUCAUGGUUAUCUUUUUAUGGCAUAACUUUCUUUCUAUUGAUUAUUUUAUAUUUUAUUUUACUUAUUUUCUUGUGUAACUUCUUGCUUAAUGCUGUAUAAUGUUUACAUUGAUUUUUAUGAUU